AUGUCUUCCGACGAUGUUCCUCCACCACCAGCACCCCAACAUAAGCCCUCCUCAUCCAGUUUCGCCGAUGUCUUCAAGACGCUAGGUGUCGUCCGUCCGAAAUCCCACUCCCCCGUCUCCAUACAGGAAAGCAGCAGUGACUCCCUGUCGCAUACGACCGAUGGACCCCGAGGUAGCAACCGGCUUGUACUAGGACUUGAAUCAAUGCAUCGUGGCAGCGUCGUGUCCAGUUCCUCGGACACUCCUGGUGGCCCGGAUUUCGAUACCUCGCUAAGGAACCUCUCGCAGAAACAGAAUGUGACGCAGGCGAUUGAAGAGGCGGAUCUUUUGUCGAGGUCUUUGCAGUGGUUUACGGCCGAUCAGUCAGUGGUGCUGUGGGAAGCUGCGGAGUAUCUCCUGCGUCACGAUAGCUCUCCGGAGGCCCAGAAAAGUGGCGCUAGGUUGCUGGAGACCAUUGCGGCUCGCCAGGAUCUGUCGCCCGCGGCUCGGCGCUUGAUAUUCGAGUCGAUCGCUUGUCCUUCCGAGGCUGACGUCGUCGCUUCCCGAGCCCAGGCCUUAAUCUCGCUAUCGGAUCAUGGGAGAAAGCUCGAUUUCACCAGUUCUUCCAUCAUGCACAUCAUCUCCUCGUGGAUUGUACCUCUCUAUACCUCCAUUGCGGCCGGACGUUCCAAGGCGAAGAAAGGGAAGAAGCCAGACGGUCUUAGCCACGAUGAGGCAGUUUUCGGAGAUCUGUUCCAGUUUGCAGUCGACCUAAUCACCUUGCAACGCAGACCACCAACCCCGGAGGAGAUUGAAUCGUUGUUGAACGAGACGUUCACCAUCUGCAAGAAAACCAGCGUCGCUGGCGACAUCAAGAACUCGCUGGCUGUAUUCGAUGCCGUCAUCAUGUAUGCCGAUGUGCCCGACGCAAGCUUCGAUACAUUGCUGGAGGUUCUGUGCAGCAUACAUGCAUCGGUCAAAUCUCUGUCUGGUCCAACUUCUCGAGCGGUGCGCAGUCUCGCCAAAUCUCGACGGCAGGCUGAGAUGGUGAAUAUGCUCCACACUUUCCUGACAGAGUCCUCUGCUCCCGAACAGGGUCGGAAUCUGAAUGUCCUACGUGGCACUCUCUACGUCUUCUCGGACCUCAUCCGUGCUUAUGGCCAGGAUGGCAUGCCCCAACUGCCGUUUGACCAAUUGAUCGAUUCGCUUAAAGUCGUUGCCCAGAAGGACGAUGGUCGCGUGGAUGCCGAUAUACUGGACUUGUGUUUAAAUAUCCUAGAGGGAGACUAUGUGCGCGUUGCUCUAGAGCGGAACUGGAAAGCCUUCAUCGGCCUUCUCAUCCUCUGCUCUCGAAGAGUGAUGGAUGAAAAGGAAGAACCGCCCGUUGCAGCAAGCCUACCACAGCCUCAGUUCCACAAAGGCUCUAUACAUGAUGAUACCAAGUCCAGCAUUCUCGCAAACCUCAUUCGGAUCGCAUCUGUUCUCGAAUUUCUGUGGGAGCGGAUGGGCAAAGAGCAGAAACAACUUGCCGUGCAGUUUCUCACGAAGGCCUAUCAGCAUGUUGAACCGACUCAGGCCGAACUGAUCAUCAAUUCCAUGCGAGAGGACAAGCUGUGUUACCCAUGCGAGGAUUCUGCUUGGGUCCGCCACUGUCAAGACUUGAUCACCCGGUUCGUCUCGUCGCGGAAACAGACUUCGGAUGUUCGUAUUCUGGCUUUGGAUACGCUCAAGGAAGCCCUGUCCGGCAACGAGAAGUUGCUCUUCGGUCAAGAGCACGGGCUUUUUGAGCUUUUGCUGGUAGACUUCUCCUCCGAGGACGACUUCUUGUUCCUGGAGUCGCUGGUCUCUUUCCUUGCCGACUCGGCAGUUCAAUCCAGUGAUGACGAGACCUUCAAAACACUGGUGACCACGAUGAGUGUGCCCAUGAAGCAUGAUGUACGCAAACAUGAACCACGCGAAGUGGUAUCUCCCAGUUACGCAUCUCCGCCCCGCCGUACGUCUGCCAGUGCUGUGGAACUGACGCUGGCCAAUGUGUGUGCCGUGGGUCUGGUGAAGAUGAUGCUACGCGCCUUGAAUCACUCUGCAACAAAGACGAUCCUGGUUUUCGAGGCACUUUUGCACAUUGCCCAGUCUUCAGAUCGCCCUGUUGAUUCCCGGCUAACGGCGCUCAAGCUCCUAUUUCGACUGCGAUGCGAUUCGGCUGGAUCGGUCAUUGUCACCUCGACAUCGGAGAAUGACUUCCUGAUCAAUGCGCUGGGCCGAAGCAUUGGUAUGGAUACCAAUCCGCAGGUCCCCGUCGACAGCCCCGUCAAAGAACAUCAUCAGCAUGACGCCGUGCCAGCUACCCCAAGCACGAAGCUUCCCAUCAAAGAAAAUACUGUUCCAACCAUCUCUAAACCUGGCCUGGGACGUAGCGGGAGUCUAUCUGGUCGUGCGUCAAAACCCACGCCUCCAGUCUGGACGUACGCCUUGCCGCAGGUACUUCCUGAACAGCCGCCUGACGGACCCAGUCCCUUUGUGCAUGUAUACGCCCCGGCAGACGAUGCAUCGCAACCACCUGAGUCAGUCUCCGCGCAGAGGGCCGUUUUGAAGAUCAACAUGUGGCUUGAGAUUAUUAUCUCGCUGCUGCAACGGGAGACCGACUGGGAUGUCUACAGCUACGUUCUCACUCAUGUGGGACCCCAGCUUAGCAACAGGGACUUGUUCAACAAUGCUAUCCCACAAAUCAAAUUGCUUCGCAGCAUUCUGUGCGACCAAGUGAAGAACGAGACUUUCCACGAGCCUCCGGCGCAUACAGGUAUCAAGAAGAGUGAUGUGGCGGCCUGCAUUUUCGACUCGCUUUGCAUGUUGAUCAGUUAUCAUGAGCACUUUGCAAAGAGCGAAGAGGAUGACCUUGUCCGGGCCUUCAUGCUGGGCAUUAUCGGGUCAUGGGGUGCCACGUCUCGUGGAUGUAUCCAGGCCCUUUCACUCUGCUGCCACGAGAUUCCUCUUUCGGUUACAAAGUCUUUAACCAGCAUCCUGGACAGGAUGGCCAAGGUUAUUACCAUGUCCAAUGUUGCCGUGCAUAUCCUGGAGUUCUUGGCGCUGCUCGCCCGACUUCCUGAUGUUUAUGUCAAUUUGCGUGAGGAGGAAAUUCGCACCGUGUUUGGCAUCUGCAUUCGGUUCUUGCAGACUUCCCGAGAACACCGGUAUAAAGUAUCCGAUUCUCCCACUGGCCGAACGCCUCAAACGAGAUUGAGUGGCGGUGUCAAAGAAAUUGCCUCGCAGCAAGCCGAGGCGGCCGAAACUGCUCCCCAGGAUGGCAUGUCGAAAUAUAUCAACAAUCUGACCUACCAUGUCAUGGUCUUCUGGUUCCUGUCGCUGAAGCUCCAAGAUCGGCCCAAGCACGUCAAUUGGCUCACCAGCAGACUUAUUUUCCACGACGACCAAGGCCAAGAGGUGGUUGAGGAGCAGUGCCAAGUGAUCAUCGACCUGAUGCAACGUGUGGCAUUCUCCGAUCUGGGAGAGACCAUUCCCUUCGAGACUUUCCCUCCAUCUCCCUCUGAUGGACCCGUUUCGAAAAAGUCAUGGGUCGUGGGAAUGAGUAUCGUUACGAUGGAGACCGCAGGUGUGACGGGCUUGACCCAGAUCACCAAGCGCCAGGCCUCGGGCACAACGUAUGCUGUCUACCAGCAGCGAACGGCACCAGUCCUGCCUCACCAAGUGCCUCCGACCCCAGAUGCGCAUUUGCAUUCAGAUGCCAUGCGCACGGCUAUUCUUCCCAGUCACGUCAUGCUCCAGUUGACCGCUACGGCCUUCCCUACGCCUACAGUGGUCCAACCCAUCCCAGUGCCUGAGGACGACAUAACUCGACGUGCUAUUGGUAACUUCGACCGAACCGACAUCGUGGACGGACACCGCAUCGGAGUAGUCUAUGUUGAUAACGGACAGACCAAUGAGACGGAGAUUCUGGCCAAUACUGGCGGCAGCACAGACUAUGAGCACUUUUUGUCAGGUCUCGGAGCGAAGGUCUCGCUUCGAAAUGCGCAGUUCAAUACCCAAGGCCUUUACGCCGACACUGAUGGAGAAGCCACAUACGCGUGGCGAGACCGAGUGACGGAGAUUGUAUACCAUGUCGCAACGAUGAUGCCGACGGACCUCGAGCGCGACCCGAACUGCAUCAACAAGAAACGCAACAUCGGAAACAACCACGUCACCAUCGUCUUCAACCGAUCCAAUCUACCCUUCAACUUCGACACGAUCCCAUCCGAGUUCAAUUCCAUCAACAUCAUCAUCACCCCAGCCUGCCGCAUUGCCUACACCGAAUCCGGAGCAAAGGGCGAAACCAACCCCGAAAAGCUCUAUUACAACGUCCAAGUCAUGAGCAAGCCCGGCUUCCCCAGCGUGUCACCCGCCGCAACGCCCAAGGUCAUCUCCGGCAAGAACCUAGCCUCAUUCGUGCGCAUCCUCGCCCUGAACGCAUCUGUCUUCUCGCUCGUCUGGAAUAUCAAAGGCGGCGAGCAUACUUCGUCCUGGCGCACCCGUCUCCGUGAGAUUAAGAAGGUCCGCGAGCGAGCUCUGGCAACGCAAGCGCAGGGCACUGAUGCCGCUGAGGGUGCUUAUCCAGGCCAGCGCCGGAAUACAAAGCCUAAUAUCUUCUCGGAAGAGGUGCCUACUGCUCGCACUGCUCCCGCGCGCCCGGAUCUGGCUGCGGACUGGAAUGCAGCCGCUGAUACCAAUAUCCUCCAAAAUCUGGAUUUCUCUCGCUGGAGUCGUUAA